AUGACCUUAUUCCUCUCCUUCGCCGUCUUUCUCGCCGCUGCCGCCGUGGGUGUGCACGCUGAGACCCACACUAUCCACUUUGACAAUCGAUGUGGCUUCGGAACUCCAACCCUCAUUCAAGGAGGAAAUGUUCUCUCCACUGGGGGUGAUUAUACGGUCGACAGACCUAUCUUUGGAGCCAUCGCAUAUUUGCAAACUGGGAAUUGUGGGUUUAACGGAGAACGAUGCACCCUCAUCGAGACAACGCUCGUAAACCCUACCAGUCCCGGCGGCGGGUCUAGCACAGACAUCUCGCUCAUACCUCCUCAUUCGUUCUCUGUCACCUCUGGCUUCGGGUACUAUAACGGCUGCGACGGUGCCGGUGCCGACUGCACCUUCCAAGGCUGCCCGACUGCCUUUUAUAACCCUGAUGAGACUUGGAAGCAGGUCGCCUGCCAAGCAAAUAAUGUCAAUUUGGCCAUUACUUUUUGUCUUUAA